AAAACGAGAAAAAAUCUUUCCUUUUUCCUGUUAAUUUCACUAGACAGUGUUUUUUUGCUGUGUGUGUUGUGAUUAAUUUGUUAUUUUGGCUACAUUUUCGGAAUAUUCGGAAAAAAUUUUAUCCAAAUAUGACCAAACUCAAGACGAAAGAUUUGCGUGGCAAACGCAAAGAUGAAUUGAUGAAACAAUUAGAUGAAUUGAAACAAGAACUUUCAAAUCUACGUGUGGCCAAAGUAACGGGUGGAACAGCAUCGAAAUUAUCGAAAAUUCGUGUAUUCCGUAAAAACAUUGCCCGUGUGUUGACCGUCAUCAAUCAAACACAAAAGGAAAAUCUUCGUCGUGUAUAUCGUGGCAAAAAAUACAAACCAUUAGAUUUGCGCCCGAAAUUAACACGUGCUAAACGUCGAGAAUUGACACCAAACGAGAAAGCUAUCAAAACGCGAAAACAAAUGCGUCGUGAACGAUUGUGGCCGCAAAGAAAAUAUGCUUUGAAAGUUUAAUAUAAUGAAAUAAUUUUUUUGGACAAACAAGAAAAGAGUGAAUAAAUUUUUUUCUCGUGUA